CCCGCAGUCAGCGCUGAGCGGCCGCUGCUCCGCACAGCCCCGUUCCACCUGGGGAGCUGCCACACCGCCGCCGCCCGCCCACCGGCCGAAAUAAGUAAACAUGGAUGAGGUAGUGGAAAGUCUAAGAAAGAUUGAGGAGAACUACAAGCUCUUCCAGCAGCAGCAGUUCACAUUUAUCAGAGCACUGGAACACACCCGGGAGGAAGCCCAUGAUUUGAUCAAACCUGUGUCAUCCAUAGUCCAGGUGCAGUGCUACAAGGACCACCACUGUUACAACUCCACAGACAGGCGCAUCCUCAACAUGUUCAUCUCCAUCUGCAACGAUCUCCGCAACCUGUGCCCGAAGCUGGAGAAGGUGCACCCUGGGGACAGUGUGACCAAUGGCCUUCUGGAGAAGUGCAAAGUGCUCCUUAAUGACAGCAACGACUUCACUGCCCUGCGAGCCACCUACCCCCAUGGUGUUGUGAACCACCUGAGCUUAGAGGAAGCAAAGAAUCGUUAUGGAGGGGUGGUGAGCCUCAUCCCCAUCGUGAUAGACACUAUGAAGGAGUGGAUAACCUACACUAAGCGGAACGUGCUGUAUGUUGUGAGUCGUGGACAUGCCACAACAAAGAAGGAGACACCCAUUUCCCAAACUCCACCUACUGGGGACUUUGCAGUUCAGACCUCCAUUAGUAACAAAGAUACUGUACAAUUGCAGGAAAAAGAUUUCCAGAAACACCUAGCUGCAAAUCAACGUCCUCAACAAAAGGCUCCCUGGAAGCCACCAGGGAAACACCCCUAUUAAAGGAUGGGUCAAAGCUCCUGCAUCAUCUGCUCACCACCUUUAACCACCUGGUUGAUUAAACACAAUGAACUGAACACUAGACAUCCAUCCUGAGUCCACUUUCUGAAGAGCUGCCCUGCAGCCAGCCUGUGACAGAUGCAUUUGCUUUCCCUUGCCGAGAUUUCCACUCUGCUCCUCAUAUCCCCACAGAAGGAGCUGUAGCUACAGCUGCUCCCUGGGGCCAGCACUGCACUGGGAGCAGGGAACACUCAGGACUCAUCAGGUUCUAAUCUCUCUGACAUGACUCUUGGACAACUUACUUGAAAUAGGAUUUUACAUUUUCUCAGCCUUCUUUCUGAGGAACAUCUCCCACCUGCCUCAGCCAGUGGGGUGAGGAACCUGCCUGCGUGAAGGAUGUGAUGCAGAGCAGCAAAGGCCUGGCAUUAUGGAUUAGAAACGUCUUCAACAUUUAGAAUUGUCUCUCAAAUUCCCUCACCCCCAUGGAAAUAAUUUGGUAAACUGGACCACACAAUCCCUGUUUACAGGAUGCUAAGAAUGUCUCCCUUACCUGCACUGGCUCAAGCGGCCAGUGUUCUUCAGCUGUGCUCUUCUGCAGCCUCCUGCAGCUCCUCACACCACAGAAACCCCUCACACCUACUUGACUCCUGUGCUGUCAGACCUGGGGAUUUAAAGGAGAGCAGAGUUAAUUUUGCCCUUAGUUUGUCUGCACUGACUAUAGCCAAACAUGGAGCCCCCUGUGCUCCUCAGAUCUGUACAAAUAAAAGCCAUUUCCAGUCUAUGUGAUUCAUGUGGGAUGUGGUGGAAGUAUCAUGUUCAAAUGGUUCCUGUUCAAACUGCAGCUUCAACUGCCUGUGCUUUCCCUGUUUCAAGGCAAGGUUAGCAUUAGGUUAGGCCAGAUGUCCCACCUAAGAGGAGGCCCAUGAUGUUCCAUGGGCUCAAAAUACAGAGCAUGGGGUGAGCACGAGUUCAGACCCUACAGCCCUUCCUAAAUCAGUGUCCUCCCUAAGUCUGACUGCUCUUUUCCCCUCCCACAGACAAAUCACCUCCUGCUCUUUACUUCCUGCUGAAGACACUCCUGAAUAAACAAUUGCCCCUUGCA